CCACAGGGCACAGGGUGAUAGAGUACAGUAAAGGACUAAAUAGUUGUUUGGUUUCAUCUGCUCUUAGUGGAAAUCAUUUUCAUAAUUUUAUACCGCAGCAGGAUCUCAAAAUGAGAUUUUGAGGCCCGAAAGUAGAAGUAUCAAUUUGGUGCUCUCACUUUUGGUGCAAGCGAAAUUUGUUGAAAGGGCUAUGAUAAAUGCUUCUCGUACAUGCAUUACUUGGAUGAUACUUGAUUCACCAGCAGUAUAUACUUCGUUUGAUUUCCAUUUGGGAAUUCCGGGUGGCUUUAUAUUUGCUGACUUUUAAUUAUUUGAUUUCCAUUCUGGGAUUCUGGGUAGCUCGCCUAGCGAGUAGCAACAGAAUACAGAAUAAGGACGGACUAAACGGCGUUUCAUUUAAAGCGGAGAAAGCGGGGAUAGCAACGAAUAGCCAUUGGCUCGGUGCACGGCCGGGCCCAAAAGGUGGGCCCACUCCUCGGCCCAAUAAGACUUAGUUGCCGAGUUGGAAGCAACGACACGUGCGAUCUACUUGGAACUGCGUCAUCCCGCGUCGGCCACCCACUCCUCUUCCCACGUUCUCCCACCGCCACCUGUCGGUGACCUCCCCACCCCACCUUCUUCCUCGCUAGUGGAAGACGUUAUUUUCCGUUGACACCCCCUGUCACCGGCUCAACUCUUAAUGGACGAAAUUACCCUCCCAUCCCCCCUAGCUGCUGUUGUCGGAGAAUAGAUAAUUCCAGGGAUAGAGAGGUCAGAUUAAUGCUCUUAUGACCACACGCGCCGGGAACAGUAACGACACGUGUCGAAACGGGGUGAGAAAGCACGAGACUCGUGAAGGCUCUCUCCCCCCACCAAAACAAGAUUCUUAAAUGAGGUGGCAAGUGGAGUGGGAGAGGAAGCGGCAGACGCGUCAGUGGGGAUCGAAGCUCACACCCUGGAGACAAUGGCGGAGACGCGUACCAUUCUCUCCCUCCUCCUCCUCCAUCUCCUCUCUCUUUUACUCCUCUUCCUCUCAGAUCCAUCAAGCCAAUCACUUGCACUCACGGUUGGGAUCAACUAUGGGCAAAUUGCUAACAAUCUCCCUUCCCCAGGCAGAGUAUCCUGGUUCCUUCAAUCCCUCAACGUCAGCAGAGUAAAGCUCUAUGAUGCUGACCAGAAUGUCUUAAGUGCCUUCCUCAAUACUAAUGUUGAAUUCAUAGUUGGAAUCGGCAAUGAGAAUGUAGCAACGAUGACUGACCCUUCAAAAGCCCAAGCAUGGGUUCAACAACAUGUCCUGCCUUACCUUCCACAUACCCGCAUUACUUGUAUCACUGUCGGUAAUGAGGUUUUCACUGGCAAUAAUACUACUUUAAUGGCCAAUAUUUUACCAGCAAUGCAAUCUGUAUAUCAAGUUCUUGUUUCUCUUGGAUUGGACAAGCAAGUAAAUGUCACUACUGCCCAUUCCCUUGAUAUCUUGGGGAACUCUUAUCCUCCAUCGGCUAGUUCUUUUCGCCAGGAUCUUGCAGUUUACAUCCAACCCCUCCUAAAUUUCCAUUCGAUGGCUAAGUCCCCAUUUCUCAUUAAUGCCUAUCCUUAUUUUGCUUACAAGGCAGACCCUAGCAGUGUUUCGUUGGAGUAUGUGCUCUUCCAACCCAAUCCAGGAGUAAUUGACCCAAAUACAAAACUGAACUAUGAUAACAUGCUUUAUGCUCAGAUCGAUUCAGUGUAUUCUGCUAUUCAAGCUAUGGGGCACACGGAUAUUGAUGUGAGGAUAUCAGAGACAGGGUGGCCAUCCAGAGGAGAUCCUGAUGAGGUAGGAGCCACCCCUGAAUAUGCUGCAAUAUAUAAUGGGAAUUUGUUGCAGAGAAUAGCGAUGAACCAAGGCACGCCAUUAAAACCAUCUGCACCAGUUGAUAUAUUUGUUUUCGCAUUGUUUAACGAGGAUUUAAAACCGGGACCAACCUCAGAAAGGAAUUAUGGGUUGUUUUAUCCUGAUGGCACCCCUGUUUAUAAUAUUGGAUUACGUGGAUAUCUUCCACCAAUGUCAUCAUCUUCCAAGCUAAUGGCUGUUCCCUUCUUGGGCCUUUUUGUGUUGGUAUCAACAGCUUUGAUCUUAGCCUGAGAGCAUAUACUUCAGAUGAUUUUAGUGGGGGAAUUAUCGACUCUUUUGUUCUGUUUCCAGCAAUUAUAUCGGAAAUUAGUGAGGUCAAUCUGAGUUCACUCUCAAAUGUAUAUAGUUGCUGCCGAAACCUCCUUAUUACGUUGAGCUUGGCGGUGCCGACUCCAAUAUGGUUCUAGAAAUAGAACUGACUAAAUUUAUUGAACUCGUUCCAGAAUUUUUAAUCUGCAGUUCAAUCAGCAGUAAGGAGUAGGGGAAAGCUAGAAUGCAUACCUAAGCUUAACUACUGCUUGAUGAAGAACAAGCAUUGUCUAGUGUGCAAAAUUGCAUUUAGCUUUUGAUGGAUAUUGUUUCUCAUAGAAAAAGUUUUAUUUUUUUUCUUUUUCUAUGACAUUGAAUAAAUGGUUAAAGGACAAACUCCAACAGAAGGAUCAUUAACUUA